CUACGCGUCUCUGGUGCGCGUAAUGAGAAUACACAGAUGUGAGAUACAAAAUGCAAACCCACAGUGAUUCUCUGGUGGUGGCAGAUGGGGCUCCACCUUCGGGGUUAUUAAUUACUUCAUCUCUCUCCAACACCACCAUCUUUCCCCUUCCUUGUUUCAUGGUGUUUUCAUUCAUAAUCCCACAUCACCAGGCAUCUCCCUUUUUGCUUGUUUGAAUUCAUCUUCGUUUCGUUGUUUUAAUAGGAUUUCGAGUCAUCGAAUGACAGCACCGAACAUGGCAACGAUCACGGAAUCACUGGAGAAAUCUUUACAAAACUGUUAUCUGAACCACGAAAGAGGAGGCGGAAGCAACGGUGGUGGGGCUGCUGCUGCUGAAGAAGGGAUAAUAGGGAGGAGGUCAGAAGAUGAUAACAACCUUUCAAACACCGUCUCUGGCACUAGCUUGGAGCUCAAUUCACAUCUCUCUCUUCCUUACCUUUGCGAACAAUGCCUUGAUCUAAAGACAGGGGAGAUUUAUUACAUAAACUGGAGGAAUGGAACGAAAGCAAGUGAGGAUCCAAGGACAGCAGCUGAUUACAGUGGAGAUUUUUACUCCGAUGAAGACGAUGACUCCUUGUACGACAGCGAUGAGCUAUCAUCGGACUCGUCUCCCUCAUAUUCUUCAAGAGAUAGAGACGAAGACGACGAAAGCAACCGCCGCCAUCGGGCGGAUAAAGACAAAGAUAAUGUGUUGGUCGUUGCUGGUUGUAGGAGCUGUCUGAUGUAUUUCAUGGUUCCCAAGCAAGAAGAAGAUUGUCCCAAAUGUAAGGAUCAACUUCUUCACUUUGAUCGACCAGAAACUAGGUUGCCAUGAAACCCACAAUUUGUAUCUUUUCUUCAAAGAAUUCUCAGGCAGAGAUGAUUAAUAGACUUUGCUAGGUGUGCCUGUG